AUUCGCAGAGGUCAAGACCACAGAAUAUCAUGUCACACUUAUUUGACAUACACAACGUUUGAGAGACGAUGGCAGCAGAGCAUGAGACACCCGUAUCUUUGUAUUUCAAAAUGAGUGCUGCGAUCCUUUGGAGAAAUGAGCUGAAAAUAGAAUAUGAGGAAGAUUACGAAGAAACGAAAAAUCGUCUGUUUACGAUUCUAGGAUGGCUGGGCCGAGCGAACCUCGGAAACUCGUUAGUGGCAUCGUGUGAUCUCGCCUCGUAUCUCAAGUUAUCCGUUUCAAAAUAUGUGUUAAAUUAUGGCCCAAGCAUUUUCAUCAAGUUGAACCGCUUUCCAUACAGAGAGGACACUGUUAAUGAAUGGUUUAAUCUUCCUCCUGAAGACGAUUGGCCUGAGCGAGGCGAGGCAGUAAAAGUAAUAAAUGUUGAUAAAUGUGGACUCGAGCGGAAGUGUUACAGGACACAAAAUCAAGUCGAAAAUGCUUUUCCAGAUUCGCUAGAAGAUGACGAAUUCGAAGUUUUCUUUCACGGUACAUCUCAAAAACAUGCUAAAGAUAUAAUUGAGGAUGGGAUUGACUUGAAGAAAGGUGAAAUAGGGAAGGACUUCAGCAAUGGAGAUGGCUUUUAUUUGAGCAAAAAUUUUGAUGAAGCUUUGAGGUGGGCCCGACAAAGACAUGGCCACGGUCCUACAGUGCUCGUGUUUCGAUUAAAGAAAACUGAAUUAAGAGGCGAUGAAAAUGAAAAUGGUUAUGAUCUUCGAAAUCCAUCUGAGAAGAAAGAUUGGCAAGAAGUGGUUGAGCAAUUCCGAAGUGAAAAACCAGAGAGAAAGUUCUGCAAAAAGAUAAAGCGUUACCAGUUUAUCGAGGGACCAAUGGCUUCUCGUUCACGAAAGAAACCAAAAAGCUCUACUCCAGAUCAGAAAGUUGAUUCUUAUCAGCUUUGUGUUCGAGAGGAAAUUUGCGCGGAACUCUUCGACCGCAGUCUUCAUUCUGUAGUUUUCCUCGAUAAGUAG